ACUCCCGCGUGUGGCAGUGGCGGUGCUGGUGGUGUCUUCAAGGCGCCUCGGGCUCGCGAGGUAUUCGUGGUGAGGCACGGGCUCUGAGGCGAAGACCGCGAGAGAGGCGGGCGGCUGUGGGGGAGGCCUCGCCAUGCUGUCGCGGCUGCGCCACCUGGACGCGUACGCGAAGCCGCUCGAGGAUUUCCGCGUGAAGACGAGCGGCGGGGCCGCGGUAACGUUGGUGAGUGCCGUCAUCAUCCUGCUGCUGUUCGUGUCGGAGCUUCAGUUCUACAUGAGCAAGGAGGUUUAUCCGGAGUUGUUCGUGGACACGACGCGAGGGGAGAAGCUCCGAAUUAAUAUGGACGUCACGUUUCCACACAUGGCCUGUGCCUUCUUGAGCAUCGACUCGAUGGAUGUGUCCGGGGAGCAGCAGAUUGACGUCUCGCACAACGUGUACAAGCAGCGGCUGAGCCCAGAUGGCCAGCCUGUCGCUCAAGGUGCAGAGAAACACGAGGUGGGGGGCAAGCUGGAGGAGGCACUGCCGCCAGUGGAGACGGGCGAACUGGACCCGGAUCGGUGCGAGAGCUGCUACGGGGCCGAGACACCAGCCAUGCUCUGCUGCAACUCGUGCGACGACGUGCGGGAGGCAUACCGACUCAAGGGCUGGGCCUUCAAGAACCCGGACUCCAUCGAGCAGUGCCGACGCGAGGGCUUCACGGACAAGAUGAAGGAGCAGGCUGGGGAAGGCUGCCGCAUCUACGGCUUCCUGGAGGUCAACAAGGUUGCCGGGAACUUCCACUUUGCUCCGGGAAAGAGUUUCCAGCAGGCUCACGUACAUGUCCAUGACCUGCAGACGUUUGGCUCUGAGAAGUUCAACCUGACGCAUCACAUCAAGCAUCUGUCCUUCGGCCAAGAGUAUCCGGGCAUAAUCAACCCCCUUGAUGGGACGAACGCGGCUGCGGUGGAAGGCUCCAUGAUGUUUCAGUACUUCGUGAAGAUUGUUCCAACCGUGUAUGUGCGAGUGAAUGGGGAGGUGGUGCGAACGAAUCAGUUCUCGGUGACGCAGCAUGUGAAGGCCAUUGGCAGUGGAUCGGUGGAGUCGGGGCUGCCCGGCGUGUUCGUCCAAUAUGAGCUCUCGCCCAUGAUGGUUCGGCUCACCGAGAAGCACCGGUCGUUUCUGCACUUCCUGACUGGCGUCUGUGCCAUCGUGGGGGGCGUUUUUACAGUGGCUGGGUUGAUCGACAGCUUCAUCUACCACUCAACACGUGCCAUCCAACAGAAGAUGGAGCUUGGCAAAGCUUCCUGAAUUAGCGCACACCGAGGGCUUUGCCUGGUCAACAAUCUGAGCAGCUAAGUCCAACAAGCAGGCCUGCCUUUUCUAAACGUCCCUUUUUUAUUUGAAUUUAUUUUUUCCUGUGGAAAGGUUGCACUUACGACCAGAACAGUGCAUUUGGUGAAUGUCAAUAAGCAGUCAGUACACCUCCUCCUCCACGUAUAAACCCGCAUCUCCACAUAAAACAAGUAUAAAAUGUACACAUUCCAUUAGCCACGUGGCCUUUUUGGCAGUGCAUUAUUUCGGUAGCAUUGGCUCCACGCAAAAAGCAAACUCUGGGCGGGUGUUGACACUCCGCUUCCACAUCAGCAGGUCAGGCUUUGCCUGCUCCAAUGCUGGUGAACUGCCAGAUGUGUUUCGGCAAACGACCCUCUGAUAUGGGUCCUCGUUCGGCACAACAUUGUAUAAAUACACAAUGCCGCAAAUGACCAUUAGCGCCGUUGUGGAGAUCAUAAGUAACAAUAAAUAAGCAGACACGAUGAUUAUAGACUGGCAGGUCUUUAUACACCAACAUAAUUUAUUGUAAGCAAGAUGUUAUAUUUCAUACCACAAUGAAUAUGGGUAAUGAUUGUGUGCAGAGCAGAAAUAAGUUGGGUAUAUUUUGUGUUAAAUUAUGGCCAUUUUGUUCUGUAACAUUUGUUGGGGUGGCUGGAAUUUUAAAAAUGCAUUCAGUGCAAUUUUCCUGCAA